AUGAUCCUGAAAUGUCUCCGGUAUACAGACAGAGACCGCAUCCUCAAAGAAGCCAGGGAUAAUCCAGCUGAAGUCGAAGGGCACACCAUCCGUUUCACCGCGGACUACAGCGAUUACACUUCGAAACUGAGACGCCCCUGCUACCCUGUCAUGCAUCGGGCUCAAUAUCUGGGCUAUCAGGUGUUCUUGCUCUCCCCAGCUGUCAUCAAAUUCAUUUGUGACAACCAUGACAAGUUUAACCCCGGCCUAAGCAGUACCUACAGGCAAAACGGCGCUUCUCUCAGGAUCCAAUACGGCACCGGCAGCAUGAUUGGUUUCCUUGGAUACGACACUGUGACGGUGGGUGGGUUCGCUGUGCAGAACCAGAUCUUCGGUUUGAGCACAAGUGAGGCUCCCUUCAUGCAGUACAUGCGUGCUGAUGGUAUCCUGGGCUUGGCAUACCCACGCCUGUCUGCUUCCGGUGCUACACCUGUCUUCGACAACAUGAUGAAGCAGGGCCUGGUCAGCCAGGACCUGUUCUCUGUGUACCUGAGCUCUAACGGUAACAGCGGCAGUGUGGUGACCUUUGGAGGAAUUGACCCCAACCACUACUCUGGCUCCAUCUCCUGGAUCCCCCUCUCUAGUGAGCUGUACUGGCAGAUCACAGUGGACAGUGUUACCGUCAAUGGCCAGGUUGUUGCUUGCAAUGGCGGUUGCCAGGCUAUUGUGGACACUGGCACUUCUCUGAUUGUUGGACCUCAGAGCAGCAUCAGCAACAUCAACCAAGUGGUGGGAGCUUACAGCCAGAACGGAAACGAUAUGGUCAGCUGUAACAACAUUGGCCAAAUGCCUGAUGUGACCUUCCACAUCCAGGGACAGGAAUUCACCCUUCCAAGCUCUGCCUACAUUCGUCAGACUCCCUAUGGCUGCCAUAGUGGCUUUGGCAAUGGAGGAAGCAGCCUGUGGAUCCUGGGUGAUGUCUUCAUCAGACAGUACUUCUCCAUCUUUGACAGAGGCCAGAAUAGGGUGGGUCUGGCCAAGGCUGCAUAA